GCGUAGGCAACAAAAAACAAAAUUAUUGACUGAUGAUGUUGUUGAGCUUACUGAGGAAAACACGGCACUAGAUCUAUCUCUUCUUGAAAUAUACAUUUGAAAGAGGUCUAAGAACUUAGAUUCAAUUUGAAUAAUAACUACUCAAGAUGGAACUUCAUCCAAUCUUAGAGAGGGGUGAGUGGUUGUGCAAGCAUAACUUGUGGUAUGUGGUAUCGGCUCGUGGGCAACAUCCCAGCAUGAGGGUCGGCCAGUGUUGCUGUCACAUCCCUUCAACACAAGGUGGUAUUGGGAAGCUUGCUGUGGUCGGAGGAGCUACUCCCAGUGGCCCAUUUGAUGAGACCCAUCUUCUUGAUUUUGAUCAGUAUGAAUGGGAUGAGCUAGAACUAACAGGUUUCACUGCUCGCUACGAGCAUGCAUCUUUUGUUGCCCCUAAUGAUCCUGGUAAGAUCCUUGUCUUUGGAGGAGCACAGCUGGAUAAGAACCUUAACUGUGUGCAGAUUUUGGAUUUAGCCUCCAAGUCAUGGAGCUCUGUAACAACCAAAGGAACCACGCCCUCACCUCGGACCUGUAGAGGAAGUGCUGUUGAUGGCAGCAAACUUUAUAUAUUUGGCGGAGGUCAGCAAGGAUCAGAGCCAGUAUCUGACACAAUGAUGCAUGUCUAUGAUGCAGUGACGAGUGAAUGGACGCAACCCCCAUCGAGUGGUAAAAUACCGUCAGCUAGGCAUGGUCAUGUGAUGGCGGUGUGUAAUGGCAAGAUUUACCUCCAUGGUGGUAUGUCAGGUACUUCUCUCUUUGAUGACGUGUACGAGUAUAGUAUAGACACAGGUGUUUGGAAAAUUGUGAAGAGUAAAGGAGAUAUCCCAUCAGGCCGUGCUGCUCAUGGAUGCGUAUCCCAUGGCAACAAGAUCCUUAUUUUUGGUGGGAUGACAACUGGAGGAGCUAGUGAUGAAACUUAUAUGUUUGACACAAGAAAAAGCAGGUGGCUGAAGCUCAAACCAGACGGACCACCACCAGCCCCACGGCUGGACCAUGCCAUGUGUCUGGUGACCCUCCCUUGCCCAGCACAGAUAACCCAAUCCACAAGCAAUAGACAGAACGGAGCAGAAGGUGCUGCAGCUUCGGGUAGUAGGGAGCCAUCUGCUGGUGAUCCAUCUAGUGCUGCAGAGGAGUUCCUGACUUCUUGUGUGGAGACAGCAGUAGAGCAGAUGUCAGGGGAAUCACCAAGAGAGGGCUCUAGAGGUGGAGCGGGAGCAGCAUCAAGCGCAGUAUCCGGUGAGGCUACGUUGUGCUGUUUGGUGCAAGGAGGAAUGGAUACUCAAGGGGAGAUCUUUGAUGACUGUCUCCUGUUAAGAUUGGACAACCUCCUUUGAGAAGAUACUGUCAAGAGCAUUGCUGAUAUCCCUAGAACACCUUGAUCUCCAUUCCCAAGCAUAGUACCACACUGCUGCAGUUUAGCCAUGUCUCCUUUUGAAGAGGACUCUGGAAACUGUUGUCAUCCUUGUCAAAUUUGGCGAAAUCAGCGUUGAAAUCUUAACAUGCUGCUGUUUCCAUUUGGUUAUGAAACAUCCUAUAGAGCUGCAAUUUGUCUGACAUGAUAAGAGUUAAAGAGGAGCCCUCCUGCUGAUGAAAUGUUAUGCAUUUUGAGCCAGCUUCCAAGUGGUACUUGCAAAGUCUUCAUCUUGUGGCAGUAGUGUAUUCCAUUAUAGAUGGUGACUAGGUUGGUGUUUCUGCUGCCAAACUUGUGAAAAAUUUUGGAGCUGAGCUGUGACUUUCAAUGUGUGGCGAUGUAUAUUUAUCAAACAAGAGUUAUGAAUUCCUCAGCUAGAACCUAUCUUCCAAGCAUGAAGCUGUAUGCUUUAUCUUUGCUUGAGUUGAUGGACUCCUUUACCUUGAAGCCAUUCCUUAAUUGAUACCUUCCGAAGACCUCAUUAAUAAGUCAAUUUUGGUGAAAUCAGCGUUGAAAUCUUAUCAUGCUGCUGUUUCCAUUUGGUUAUGAAACAUCCUAUAGAGCUGCAAUUUGUCUGGCAUGAUAAGAGUUAAAGAGGAGCUGUCCUGCUGAUGAAAUGUUACGCAUUUUGAGCCAGAUUCCAAGUGGUACUUGAUCUUGGUUUUCAUCUUGUGCCAGUAGUGUAUACCAUUAAAGAUUGUGACUAGGUUGGUGUUUCUGCUGCCAAACUUGUGAAAAAAUUUUGGAGCUAAGGUGUGACUUUCAAUGUGUGGUGAUGUUUAUUUAUCAAACAAGAGUUAUGAAUUCCUCAGCUAGAACCUAUCUUCCAAGCAUGAAGAUGUAUGUUUUAUCUUUGCUUGAGUUGAUGGACUCCUUUACCUUGAAGCCAUUCCGUAAUUGAUACCUUCCGAAGACAUCAUUAAUAAGGCACCUUAAGAUUUGCGACGAAACUUGUGUGACUCUGUUAUUUGGCAAACAUAUCAUAGCUACUCCUUGUCUUGUGCAUGCACAUGUCUUUAAUGAUAUAUGUCUUUUAUGUACCUGAAAUGUUAUUAGAAUGCAAUUUUCAUAUCAGCCCUUUGCUACAAGUUACCCUUGAGGAAAUUGGUGUAGAAAAUUCAUUUUUUUUGUCUAGUGAAGUGUUAUUUGGAUGAUAGGUCCUAGAGGAGUUAUUACAUCUCUUCAUGACUUAUGAAUUUUACCCACAACUAGAACCUGUUCUUGUGAUGAAUGAUGUACCCUAAAUUUCCUCAUUUAUUUUGUAAAUGUCCUAUAACCUAUUAAAUUUUGACAAAUGAUAGACUUUGCAUUCAGAUGCUUGUUUUAACAACAAGAAUGAGAACCUAACUUGGCACCCAAGUAGUGCAUUACUUAUGAACAGCUUGUGUCACCCUUGGAUCAUCAGUUGUGGAGUAAUUGUGACAUUCAAAUAUUGAUAUUGACAUUGAAAAAUCAAUCAAUAAUGAUAAUCAUUCAAUUGUAUUUAGGAUGUAUAAUAUGAAAGAUACACUGAAAUUGUACAGUUAAAAUGGUGAGAAGUCUAUUCUGGCAGCAAGAAGUUGUCAUCUUUACAAAAGAGCCAUUUCUUUUUUCUUAGUGUACUGUAACUGUUAGCCAAGAAUUUGUUGUAGUGUUAUCUAUGAGGAAAAUCCAGCCGAGCACAUGCUUAAUAAUACUUUUGACCUUGUAACAUCAAACAUGGCUUCAAAGGGAACGGUUGUGAUGUGACCCCAACUCUCUUUAAAGUUUACAUGAACUGCCACUUCAUUGAACACUAUCUGAUUUAUAUGGGGAAAAAUUUGUCUGAGACAUUAAUGACUGUAUUUUUACUUGGGGAGGGGGGGGGGGGGGUCAGCCUUCCCUUAGCCUAACAUAUUUUAUCUAUGAUAUUCUGUAAAAUAGUGUUUUUAUCCGUCCAAAUUUGAAUUUGAAUUUACUCUUCUUGAUGUGAGUAUGCGAAAUAUUUAUGUUUUAAAAAUAUUUAUAUGCCCUGGAUGACUGUAUAUCUAUGUUGAUUUCAGCUGUAAUAGCUUAGGCUUAGUUAAGUCAAACUCCUGAUGGAAUUUGUUAAGAUGUUCAAGAUGUUGUGAAUAUCAUUUAAAAAAAACCCCAAAAUAUAA